AUGUCCUCUAGCGCGAAGAAACGUCAACGGGAACCUGAAGACUGGGAUUACGCUGAUCUUAGCGGGCCAGACCCAAUGUACAAGAGGACAGCACCAGCAUGCAUCCCCGCGUCAUCAUCUACCACAUUCAGGGUCAACACCACCAUCAAGGGCCCCGAUCCGAAUCUAACGUCUUAUAGUUCUACUUUUGAUAGCAAGGCCCCUUAUAGCUAUCCUUACACCCCUCCUGCCACUGCCGCGAUGACGAUGCCAUCUAAACAGAGGAAGAAGAAGAAAGACCCUAAUGAGCCUCCGCCAGAGAAACGCGGUGCAAUGUUCAAGAAAAAGUGCCCACAGAAUAUCCUCGAUCGCGUAGAUAGGGUCAUGUCACAAAGAUUUUUCAUGGUCGACAGGAAGCGUACUGGCGAUGAGCUGCGUGAGGAGUUUAGCGUGUUAGGCUCUACGGGUAACGUGUAUGCUGUCAUCAUCGACAAAACGCCGUCCUGCAACUGCACGUCGCGUCCGGACGCCAGCAAGGGCAAUCACUGCAAGCACAUAUUGUUUAUCUUUCUGAAAGUUCUCCAAGUCAAUCAAAGUUCCGGCUUGUGGUACCAGAAAGCACUUCUCACAUCAGAGCUUCACGACCUAUUUGCGCAUGCGCCCCCGGCACCUAACUCUGUCAUCAAUCAGCGCGCCCGAGACGCGUAUGCACGCGCCACUGGCACGGCUACUGCCUCCUCUGAAGAGUCUGGCCCCGUGAAAAAGCGCCGUGCGCCUGGUCCGGAGGAUGACUGCCCCAUCUGCUACGAGAGCAUGCAUGGCGCAGACGGGAACACCCUCAUUUGGUGCGAGACUUGUUCAAAUGCAGUGCACAAGGAGUGUUUCACACAGUGGGCUAAAUCCUGUGGACACAACAUCACUUGCGUUUUCUGUCGCUCUUCAUGGGUCGAUGUUAGCACAGGUGGGCAAGCCUCUGGAAAAGGCAAAGCGACAGUGUCGGAGGGCUACAUUAACCUCGGUGCCGUUGCGGGUUUGAAUCAAGAGCGCGAUACCAGCUCCUAUUAUCAUGGCGCCAGGCGUGGGUAUCGGCACUAUGGUUAUCAAGAUUAUGAAAACCUCUUUUAA